AUGGACUUCGACGAAGACCUCGGAUGCUGCGCCUGCUGCGGAUGUCUAUGCUGUUGCCUCUUCAAUGGCAUCUGUAACCUAAUUUGCACUCUAAUCGUAAUCCUAGGAAUCUUUAUUUUCCUCUUCUGGCUCAUCGUACACCCUACUCCUCUCAAAUUCAGCGUAACAGAUGCAUCCCUUACUCAAUUCAGUUUCACAAACAACAACACACUUAACUAUAAUCUCUCCCUCAACAUCACAAUCCGAAACCCUAACAGAAUGCUUGGUAUCUACUACGAUAACAUCGAAACGAAUGCGUUUUAUCAAGGUGUUAGGUUUAGUUCUCAAACCCUAGGGCCAUUCUUUCAGCGUCAUAAGAGUACAAGCUUCUUGAAGCCUGUUUUUAAUGGCCAGCAAUUGGUUCCUUUGAGGUCUGAUCAGAUUUCAGAAUUCAAGAAGGAGAGGAAAGAUGGAGUUUAUAGAAUUGAUGUGAAGGUUUUACUUGAUGUGAGGUUUAAAUUGGGUUUGUUUAAGAUAGGGAAAGUGGAACCUAGGGUUCGUUGUGAUUUGAAGGUUCCGUUGAAAUCAGGGAGUAGAACUUUGUUGGUGAAUGGGUUUCAAGAUACUGAUUAUUAUGAAGGAAAGAAGAGUAGGAAUCGCAUUAGUUCGGUCAAUACUAGUAGUGGUGUGGUUUCUUCGAUGAAGGAUGUUAAGGAGGCGGUUAAAGAGCAUUUCGAAAACAAAUUCAAGGAAGAUUGUUUGAGUAGACCAUCUCUUGAUGGUAUAGAAAUUAACACUUUGAGUUCGGAAGAAAGUUUGUCUCUUGAAGUUCCUUUUUCGGAAGAGGAGAUUAAAGAAGCGGUUUAG